UGCUUCACCCUCUCGGCAGCGCCGCCGUGUUGUUGUUUGUAUAGUGUGAGUGGCUCAGAGAGGCGUAACGUUUAAUGUUAGAGUUACACUGAGGACGUUUGCCGCCUUCUUUUCUCCCGCUGCAGUUUACCUCUAAAACAGUGUCCAGUAGCUGCUUGAGAGAUGUCCGACAGCUCCAGUGACACGGAGUCGUCCUGCGGAUGGACAGUCAUCAGUAAUGAGGGUUCAGAUGUUGAGAUGCUGGGACCGGAUAACGCCGGAGAGUGUGAGGAUGGAGCGGUUAGCCGUGCUCCAGAUGUACCUGAUGCCGAGCGAGGUGAGGAGAGUUUGGGAGAGUCUUCACUAGACCUCACACUGAGAGAGGAGGUGGAGCCGGCCCGAGAGGCGGCUGGAGAAGAACAUGUGAUCCUCAGCUCCUCCAGUCAGAACUCUGACAUCAUCACGCUGGCGGACUCUCGGGAGGCGGAGUCUGACUCGUGGGAGGAGCCUCUUGCUAAGGAGACGGAGGAGGAAGCAGGAAGUGAGGAGCUCUGUCUCGGAAGCCAGUACACGUUUAGAGAGUUGGAGACGAAUUCAGCUAUGCAGCGAGACGGCAGUAACGGCAGCAGUGAGGAUGAGGAUGAGGAUGAGGAGGGUGAGGUGAAGGCCAGUCCUGUGUUGAGGAGGCGCAGAGUGAGGAGGAGCUCCACCGGAUCAGAGCCUGGAGACUCACAGGAACAGGUGUUUGAGGAGAUGGGAGCUGCUCCCAUCAGCAGCACCCUGAACAAAUGCAUCCUGCUAGCGCUGCUCAUCGCCAUCAGCAUGGGCCUCGGACACUUCUACGGCACAGUCCAGAUUCAGGAAAGGCAGAGGAUCGUGGAACAGAGUCGCAUGAAUGAGCUGGAAACGCCGUGUAAGAGAGAGCUGGACGUUGUAAGUAAGGAAGUGGUUGAGAAUCUCAGAGAAGACCUUGAGGAAAAGCAAGGCAUGGUCAUGUCCCUCAUGAACGUCAUGGAUAAGAUAACUAAAGAAAACCAGCAUCUCAGAGUGAAACAGGAAGAGUUACAGGUCCAAAGACAAGAUUUAUACGUGCAACUGACGCAAACAAAAAGCCAAAUGGAGUCUCAGCAGAACGACCAGACCACAGAGAACCAGCUCCUUAAAGUCACUCUGGAGCGAGAAGAGGUGUCUCUGUCAGCCCUGAAGGACGAGCUGCGGUCCCUGCGGGGACAGAUACGAGAAUUAGAGGAGCGAGGGGCCCGGGCCGACUCCAUAGUGUCCGAGAACCAGCGACUGAAGGACCACUUACAGGAGGAGAAACAGAAAGUGCGCAGCUUCAUGAGCCAAAGAGAAGCGCUGAUGGCCGAAGCCCAGGAGCUGCAGAAGGAGCUCGAAAAAGAGCGUAAGGUGACCGACAAGCUCAAGGAGGAACUGGAGGAAAUGAGGAAAGAGGAGGAUGUCGAAGACAAGAUGGAAGAACUACAGGCGCGACUCCAGGAGCUCGAGAACAAGCUGAAGUUCGAGCAGCAGCGCUCCGAUCUUUGGGAGAGACUGUACGUGGAGUCGAAGGAGGAGAGAGCGAAGGGCGACCGGGAUGUGAAGACCAAGAUUUCCAAGGAUGGGAUGUUGGGAAAAGUGAAGGAAACCUUCGAUGCUGUGAAGAACUCCACUAAGGAGUUUGUGCACCAUCACAAGGAGCAGAUCAAGAAAGCCAAAGAGGCAGUGAAGGAAAACCUCCGCAAGUUUUCCGACUCUUUUAAAACAACUUUCAGGCAUUUCAAAGACUCGAAUAUCUUCGAUCGUCAAAAGAUGUUUCACCGCGACAAACCCGAGCAUCACUCGUUCCAGCGGGAGCAAGGAAACAUGCGCACCGAAGACUGGCAGCCGCAGAAACCUUUACAUCAUCGCAAAUCAACCUUCGACUCGUUUCACGCCGAUCACAACACACGCAAACCCAGCGCUCAGAGACCGCACGGCAUCAUGGGACAGAAAACGCCACUCAAAAGCUGUUCGGGAGUGUUCGACUGCGCCUAUCAGGAGUCCAUGACUCUAUUUAACAAAGCCAUGGAUCCCAUCCGAGCAGACGAGUUUAACGAGCUCCUACGCAGCUAUUUGCAGAAUAAAGUGGUGCAUUUCCACCACUGGAGGGAGCUGGAGAGCUUCAUCGCUAAUUUCUUCCUUAACGGCAUCUUCAUUCACGACCAGAUGCUGUUUACGGACUUCGUCAGCAGCGUUGAGGAUUACCUCGAGGAAAUGGAUGAAUAUCACCGCCUCAGCGACGACGUGUUCGACGAUCUGGAUGAUUACAUAUACCGCCACAUAUUUGGAGAUGCAUAUUUAAAAUAUUUUGUGCCGAGUCGACCCUUCGAAAGGCCAGGGUCGAAGGUCAAGGCGUGGCGUCACUGUCGGCAGCAUCCUCGUCCUCAAAGAACCAAGAAAUGGAGUCAAUCGGGGCGUGACCCUAACAGACAGUUCCCAGAUGUCAAAAUAGAGCUGGGUCCCAUGCCCUUCGAUCCCAAAUAUUAGAAGAAACAUUUGAGUUGUUCUCAAUAAUGCUCCUGUUGUGUUGGUUUUGUCUUGGAGAAGGUUCAAGAGAGCUUUGGGUUCACCUUUUCUGUGAUUUAGUUUAUUUUUUUGCACACGUGUUUCUCUAUCUGGACUUUUAAGCAGCUUACAAUUAAUUACAGGUAUUUUCGAGGCACAUUUGUGUUGCCGUUCCUUGAACAGUAUUGGAAAUUAUUUUAAUGAAUAUGCAAAUUAUUUUGGAUUACCAACCAAAAAGGCAAUUUGUUUAGUUGCGUUUUAAUGAACUAUUAAUAUUUUUUUAACAAAAAUUUAAAAAGUGUGUUUAAUUUUGCUUAGGACCAACUAACCAAUUAAAUACAUGAUAUUGAACCCAUUUUCAUCUCAAAAGUUGGAAGAAUAAUGAAAACUGCUCUUAAUUAUAAAGUUCACUUUGAAAUAAUAUGGUUUCUGUCAUGUGUCACCAGCUUUAUUUGAACAUGCUAAUCAGUAAAAGAUAUUAUUUAAGAUGUAGCACUUAUUUAGUGCAUUAUUCUCCCCUCUUUUUCUUCUCUGUGUGGUUAUCGGCUAAAUUACAUUCCUUGUAAUUGAACACAAAUGCACUUGAACUUUAGAAUAAAAGUCUUUCACUGCUUCAUUGAUGACUGUUCUCCUGCUAUAAACCAAAAUAGAUCAGAUUUUACUCUGGAGUGUGAAAUAUGAAAAACAGCGUAUCAAAACAAAAUACACUCUUUAUGUACGCUUGAAAUC